AUGUUGAAGCCCAUUCUUCUACUACUACUACCGUUGGUAGUGGCCGCAUCGCGUGUGCCAUACGAGGAGUAUAUUCUAGCUCCGAGCUCGCGAGACCUAACCCCAGCAUCGGUCUACCAAGUCAAUGGGUCCGUGACAAAUGCAAACUCCCUAACACAAGCAUCUGGCAGUGGAGCCACCUUUAAUGGCGUUUCAUCUGUAACAUUGGACUUUGGCAAAAACGUCGCGGGCCUAGUAUCCCUUGUUGUUAACUCCGUCUCGUCAUCAUCGGCAUUCUUGUCUGUCACAUUCACAGAAUCAAGUCUCUGGAUCAGUAACGAGUAUAGCGAUGCGACGGGUAACUCUGGAUUCGACACACCAUUGUGGUUCAAUGUCGGCAAGGGCGCAGGAACAUACACACCAGCCAUCGAAUUCCAACGAGGUGCCUUCCGGUAUCUCACAGUCGCGAGUAACACCACUGCUACCGUUGCUCUAGCGGCUCUCCACGUGAAUCUCACUUCCGCACCGGACCAAAACCUCCGAAGAUAUACGGGCUGGUUUCACUCCGACGAUGAGCUGAUUAACAAGAUCUGGUAUGCCGGCGCAUAUACGAACCAGCUAUGUACUAUUGAGCCAACGGCCGGCGACUCGAUCACGUCGCAGAACGAAGAUAUUGUUCUGCCGGAGAUGAACGCUUGGUACAACAACUACACUAUCACCAACGGAACUAGUACCAUCACCGAUGGAGCGAAGCGCGAUCGGCUCGUCUGGCCAGGGGAUAUGGCUAUCUCCCUUGAGAGCAUCGCUGUCAGCACUGGUGAUCUGUACAGUAUUCGGAUGGGAUUGGAGUCGUUGUUCAUCUUGCAGCAGGCUGAUGGUCGACUACCGUAUGCUGGUACACCAUUUAAUUUUGGCGAGAGCUACACCUAUCACCUGCACAACCUUAUUGGCAUGUCUUUCUUGUAUCGCUUCUCGGGAGACAAGUCGUGGGCAUUAAGCUAUUGGGAUCAAUACGUUCUCGGAGUGAAGUGGGCAUUGGAGUCGGUUGACAGCACCGGUCUGGCCAAUGUAACAAUGACUGCAGAUUGGCUGCGAUACGGAAUGGGAGGCCAUAAUCAGAACAUCGAAGCCAACUCCAUCCUCUAUUUCGUUCUGAACGAUGCCCAAGAUCUCGCAAAAGAGUUGAAUAAGACCUCAGUCAUCCCCCAUUGGGCAAACGUCGCAGCAGGAGUCAAAUCCGCCGCGAACAAACUCCUGUGGGACUCCUCAGCAGGAAUGUACCGAGACAACCAGACAACGACUCUCCACCCCCAGGAUGGAAACACCUGGGCCAUCAAAGCCAAUAUCACCCAAUCAGAGACACAACGCAAGACUAUCUCCGCCGCUCUUAAGGCCCGUUGGGGAUCCUAUGGGGCUCCGGCCCCCGAGGCCGGCGCUACGAUCUCCCCAUUCAUAGGCGGCUUCGAGCUCCAAGCCCACUACAUCGCCAAACAACCCAACGCAGCACUAGAUCUCCUCCGCCUCCAAUGGGGGUACAUGCUUCUGGACUCCAAGAUGACUCAAUCUACCUUUAUCGAAGGGUACUCCACAGAUGGAUCCAUUCAUUACGCGCCUUACACCGAUGAUGCGCGGAUCUCACAUGCCCAUGGCUGGUCUACCGGUCCAACAUAUGCGCUCACGGCGUACGCCGCAGGGAUCCGGCUGACCGGACCGGCGGGUAAAUCCUGGAUUAUAGCGCCUCAACCAGGGAAUCUGACUACUAUUGAUGCAGGUUUGGCUACGGCUCGUGGUGUUUUCUCUGUGGCGUUUCAGCGAUCGUCUGGUGGGGGGUACAGUCAGUUUUCAUUUAGUACUCCGUCCUCUACUGCAGGAGUUGUUCAACUCCCUGGAGUGGAGGGGACUUUGAUUUCUAAGACUGGGCAGCGGAUCAGACUUGUGGACGGUACGGCGAGCGUUCCGGGUGGAAGGUGGAAGCUGCAAAGCCCAUGA